CACUGAACACGAACAAAUUUUAAAAACAACUAUGAAGAAAUAGUAAUAAUUUUCUUGCCGUGGCUACGGAUCCAGUUUUUUUAAUUUUACCAAUAGUUAAUGAUGACCUGUGUUCAUGUAUAAUUUGAUUAACGGUGGAUAUAUUAACUCUAUUUAGAUAUUAUUAUGGCAAUCAUACCUAAAAAUGUUAUUGACAAAGCAGAAGAUAUUUCAGAAUUGGUUGUCAAAAAUUGUAAUGCUUACUUGCCGACUGCAUCACGUUUAUGUUUAAUAUCAACAUUUAUAGAAGAUGGACUUCGUAUGUAUUUUCAAUGGUCAGAACAGAGCAAGUACAUGGACAUGUCCUGGAAUUGUGGCAUAUUUCUAGCUACCAUAUUUGUGCUUGUUAAUUUAGUUGGGCAAUUAGGAGGAUGCAUACUUAUAGUACUACAAAAGCAUGUACGAAUUGCAUGUGGUACAUUAUUUUUUAUAGUAGUGUUGCAAACAGUGGCUUACAGCAUACUAUGGGAUAUACAUUUUUUGCUACGAAACUUAGCCUUGAUAGGAGCUUUAUUAUUAGUCCUAGCUGAUAGUGAAGUGAAAUCCAGACCUUUGCUUGCAGGAGUACCAUCAUUGGGUGAAAACAAACAAAAGAACUACAUGCAAUUGACAGGAAGAUGUUUGAUUGCAUUUAUGUUUAUAACUUUGUUAAAAUUUGAAGUAUCAUUUUUUCAGCUUUUACAAGACAUUUUAGGAACAAUAAUGAUGAUAUUAGUAUUUAUUGGUUAUAAAACUAAACUCAGUGCCUUGGUUUUAGUAUUGUUUUUAACAAGUAUCAAUUUUUACUACAAUGCUUGGUGGUCUAUACCAGAAACCAAACCACUUCGGGAUUUUCUUAAAUAUGACUUUUUCCAGACUCUCUCAGUUGUUGGAGGAUUAUUAAUGAUUGUACUCAGAGGUCCAGGUGGUGUUUCAAUGGAUGAACAUAAAAAAAACUGGUAAUCUCUAUUAUUAAGCAACAUUUCUCAAAUUGUUAUUUUACAACUACAAAUAUUAAAUAUAAAAGAUUUUAAUAUACUUUUUAUUUUCAUUUUCAAAUUAUUAGAAUCAAUUAAAUAAUAUUGAUGACUGA